CUAAAUCACGAUUUAUUAUGUUUUCUUCAACAUUUUGUGUCAAAAUUUUCAAUGUGUAACUUUAGUUGAGAAAAUUAAGCAAUUUUUAUGAAAAUGAAAAUAUUGAUUGUCGUUGUGUUAUUGGUUCCGAUAACUGCUGGUUUCUCAUCAAUCAGAAUCGGUGGACUAUUUGAUAAUACCGGGGACAUUUCAUCCGAAGUUUUCCGAUACGCCGCGAGUGUUGCAAAUAAAAAGUUGGCCGAUUCUCAAAUAGAAUUCGAUCCUGAACCAAUCAAAAUACCCUACGGAAAUGAGUUUGCCGCGUCGAACCGCCUCUGCAAUCUACUGAAGGGCGGUGUUUCCGCUGUCUUUGGUCCGUCGGCACCAUCAUCCGCAUCUCAUUGCAUGCACAUCUGUGACGCUAAAGAGAUACCCUAUAUCGAUAUGAAAUGGGAUGCCGAUACGAAGCCACCCGUCGUUAACAUGUAUCCGCAUCCGGAUGCCAUAGCGAACAUUUUUAUCGAUUUGGUCAGAGAAUGGGAUUGGAAAGGAUUUACCAUUGUCUAUGAAUCGGCUCCAUGGUUAAAGAGAGACGCAGAACUGUUGAAAUUGUAUGGCCCUAAAGAACAUACUGUUACAGUCAGGCGGAUUGACGCUGGGUUGGAUAAAACAAAUUAUCGAGCGGUACUUCGAAGAGUAAAAUUGUCCGGAGAUACCAACAUCUUGUUGGAUUGCUCAAUUGAAGCAUUGCCCGAAGUGUUGAAACAGGCGCAGCAGGUUGGUCUAAUGACAGAAAACCACCAAUUCAUAAUAACAACAAUGGACAUGCAUACCAUCGAUCUGGAGCCGUAUCAAUACAGCGGUACCAACAUUACGGGAAUUCGUCUCGUUGAUCCUUCGAAUCCCAUCAUGGAAGGCAUUACGAAAUGGUUGACCGAUCUAGAACCUAGUGAAGACGCUGUUUCUGCAGAAGCAGAUAGCAACGAAGAUCCGAGAACAGCUGAUGGCGAAGACGAAUCGGAAAGUUCAACUGAUCCAGUGAAAGUGACCGUCCAAUACGCUUUGAUUUAUGAUGGGUUCUUGCUUCUAGCUGAAGCGUUUCAGCAAUUUAAUAAGACCGAAUUCAAACCGAGAAGGCUCAGCUGUAGCCACAACGAAGCUUGGGAAUAUGGCAACAGCAUAACGAACUUCAUGCGAAACGCAGUCGUUCAAGGAUUGACCGGUGAAGUUAAGUUCGACAAUCGCGGCUAUCGAUCGAGUUUCGCCGUUGAUGUGAUUGAACUAACUUCGUCCGGUAUUGUCAAAGUGGGUAUGUGGGACGGUAACUUGAACAUUGCACGACCAGAACCAAAGGAAUCCGUGGCUACUGACGAUGGUUCGUUGAAGAACACUACAUUUGUUGUCAUGAUAUCAUUGACCCCACCGUACGGAAUGUUAAGAGAUUCAGCCACCAAACUGGCUGGCAAUGAACGAUUCGAAGGUUUUGGCAUUGAUCUGAUACAUGAACUGUCGCUGAUGCUCGGAUUUAAAUACGAAUUUCGACUGCAGGAAGACGGAAAGUACGGAAAUAGGAACAACGUCACCAAAGACUGGGAUGGAAUGAUCGGUGAAGUGAUACACGGGCGCGCUGACCUAGCAAUCACGGAUUUAACGAUCACAGCAGAACGUGAAGGUGGAGUAGACUUUACCAUGCCGUUUAUGAAUUUAGGCAUAUCAAUUCUGUUCAAAAAGCCAACGACAUUACCGCCAUCGACGUUUUCAUUCAUGUCUCCGUUUUCGCGCGAAGUGUGGAUGUACUUGGGCGGUGCAUAUUUAGGCGUGUCGCUUUGUCUAUUCGUUUUGGGACGUAUCUCACCAUCGGAAUGGGACAAUCCUUACCCGUGCAUUGAAGAACCGACACAACUGGAAAAUCAAUUUUCCGUUUCGAAUUCGCUGUGGUUUUCGAUUGGUGCGCUCUUGCAGCAGGGAUCUGAAAUUGCGCCCAAAGCUCCGUCUACGCGUGCAGUGGCCUCCAUUUGGUGGUUCUUUACGCUUAUUAUGGUGUCAUCGUACACUGCAAAUCUGGCCGCUUUUCUCACCUCUCAGCCAGUGACGCAUGUGAUUACAAGUGCUGAAGAUUUGAGGAAUUGCUCCGAUCCUAGCUACGAAUGUCCAGUUGAAUUCGGGGCGAAGAGAGACGGAAGUACCAUCAAUUUCUUUAAGGAAGCGGACGAUGGAACAACAUUCAAAAACAUGUACGACUACAUGAAGGCCCGUCCCCAUCUACUGACUGGUAGUAAUAAUGAAGGGCUGGAAACGGUACUCAAACACGACAAGUACGCCUUUCUCAUGGAAUCAUCGUCGAUUGAAUAUCUCGUCGAACGUAAUUGUAAUGUCACUCAAAUCGGUGGGCUAUUGGAUGAGAAGGGUUACGGAAUCGCAAUGCGAAAAAACUCCACCUACAGAAGUGCGCUCAGUGAAGCGGUAUUACAUUUGCAGGAACAGGGAGUACUGUAUGCAAUGAAAGUCAAGUGGUGGAACGAAAAGAAAGGAGGAGGAUAUUGCUCAAAAAAGGGCGAUGCUGGUGAAGCAGAAGAAUUAAAUAUGGAUAAUAUGUAUGGCGUGUUUUUCGUACUCUCGGUCGGAAGCGCUUUCGCUACCGUGUAUGGUAUUCUCGAGUGGUUAAUGGUAAUCUUUCUUCGUGCAAAGCGGCAGAACCUUUCAUUUGGACAUGAGCUGGUUGACGAAUUAAAGUUCAUCGUUAAAUGUGGCGGAAAUACAAAAACAGUUCGUCAUCGCAAAAGUACUUCAAUGAAUUCCAGGCAGUCGAACGGUUCCCAUAGAUCAUAUAAUUCAGCCGAUAGAGAUAUGAAAUAGUGAAUAAAUCGAUUUUAAUAUCAGA